UAAUUAAUCUGACUCCUUAAAUCACAAAGAAGCUCUUUAUGUCUUUACACCAAAACCUUCUGCUAUACUUAUCCUUCAAUUCCUAAACCCCUCUCUCUUUAAAGCCACACCUACUCUCUCUGUCACACUAUGAAACAUACUGAACCAAGAAGUUCAUUUGAGAGGAAACGAAAAUCAGACACUCACUCCAUCUCUCUCUCUCUCUCUCUCUCUCUCUCUCUCUUCCAGUGUGUGAGUAUAGGAAAAUGGCAGAGGCCAGUAUUACAACGAGUCAGGAUCAGUUCAUCUGUCCAGUGUGUCUGGAUCUCCUGAAGGAUCCAGUGACUACUCCCUGUGGCCAUAGUUACUGUAAGGUGUGUAUUAAUGGCUGCUGGGAUCAGGAGGAUGUGAAGGGUGUCUUCAGCUGCCCCCAGUGUAAAGAGACCUUCACUCCAAGGCCUGAUCUACGCAGAAACAAUAUGCUGGCUGAAGUGGUGGAGAAACUGAAGAAGACUGAACUCCAAGCUGCUUCUCCUGCUCACUGUUACGCUGGACCUGGAGAUGUGGAGUGUGAUUCCUGCACUGGGAGAAAACACAAAGCCGUCAAGUCCUGUCUGGUUUGUCAGGCUUCUUUUUGUGAAGAUCAUCUUAAACCUCACUAUCAGUCUCCUGCCUUUAAGAAGCACAAGUUAGUUGAAGCCUGUGCAGAGCUCCAAGAGAAGAUCUGCUCUGAACAUGACAAACUGAUUGAUAUCUACUGUCAUACUGACCAAAGCUUCAUCUGUUACUUGUGUAUGAUAGACGAACACAAAGGCCAUGAUACAAUUUCAGCUAAAGCAGAAAGAACUGAAAAACAGAAUGAGUUAAUGGAGGAGCAGAUGAAAUCCCAGCAGAGGAUCCAGGAGAAGCAGAAGAAGAUGCAGGAGCUGAAUCAGACUGUGGACACUAUAAAGGCAGCGGUGGAUGAAAAUGAGAGGAUCUUUACUGAGCUGAUCAGCUCCAUGGAGAAAAAGUGCUCGGAGGUGAAGGAGCUGAUCAAAGCUCAGGUGAAAAGUGACCUGAGACAAGCUGAACAACUCCUGAAUCGAUUACAGCCAGAAAUUGAUGAGCUUCAGAGGAGAGUUAGUGAGCUGGAGCAGCUUUUACAGAUACCCGAUGACAUCGAUUUCCUCCAGAGUUUCCCGUCUCUCUGUUUUUCUCCUGGAUGUGAAGACUCACCCAGCUUCACUGUCAAUCAACAUCUCUCAUUUGAUGGAGUGAGGAAAUCUCUCUCAGAUCUGAAAAAACGAGUCGAGCAAAUCUGUGAGGAGGAAUUCAAGAAAAUCCAUCCACAAGGUGCAGCAUUUCAGAUGAUUUUACCUUCAAAACCAAAGACCAGAGAAGAUUUUCUGCAGUAUUUCUGUUAUCUGACUCUGGAUCCCAAAACAGCACAUCAUCAACUCAUUCUGUCUGAGAAGAACAGAAUGGCGACACGUAGAUUGAAAGACCAGCGAUACCCUGAUCUUCCAGAGAGAUUUGACUCCUGGACUCAGGUGUUGUGUAAGCAGAGUCUGCGUGGACGCUGUUACUGGGAGGUGGAGUGGAGUGGUAUGGGUGUAGACAUAUCAGUCGCACUUAAAAAUAUCAGGAGGAAAGGACGGCAUAAUUGUAGUUUGUUUGGACGCAACAGACAGUCCUGGAGUCUGCAGUGUUUUACUUUCUCUCACUCUUUCUGGCACAAAAAAAACAAGACUGAGCUCCAAGGUCCAGCACCCUACAGAAUAGGAGUGUAUUUGGAUCGCAGUGUCAGAACUGUGUCCUUUUACAGCAUCUCUGACAAGAUGAGGCUCCUCCACAGAGUCCACAUCGCAUCCACUAAGCCUCUAUACGCUGGGUUCAGGGUAUGCUAUUUGUACUCAACCCUGAAGUUAUGUGAUCCAGUUUAAUUGUUAGUAAAAGUGCUUAGUCAAAUUAAAACUGAGGGAUCAGCUUUCAGCCAUAUUUUCUCUUGGUUAAUAAUUUAAAAAAAUUUCAAGAAAACUUAAAAAUCAGAAAAUAAAAUAAUAAAUAAUAAAAAAAAUAAUACAAAUCUUCAAACUGCUUUCUCUUUCUGUUCUGCUGCUGGAGGAAACACCCUACUGUGUGCAAAAAACAUUUCUUUAGUUUAGACAUCCAUGUUAAUUUCUCAGAUAGAAAUAGCCUUCAUAGCCUGUUAAAUAGUUUACUAUAAAAUAUUUUCCACAAGACAAAUCUGGUGAAAAUAACUGUUCAGUUUAACCCUGUGUGAUUAGAGUUUAACUGGUUUCAACUCUGAACUCCAUUUUUUCCUGAUGUUCUGCUUUUGCUCUUGCCGUGACUUGUUGCUGUUUUCUGAUCACCUGACUGCCAGUUUUUCUCUGAUGUUUCUGUAUCAAUGCCACAGUUUUAUUAAAAUGCCAAAAUUGCA